UCCCCAAAGCUCUGAUCCAGACUUCACGCUCCUAUCCACGCUUGAGAAUCAUCAACAUUAUCCAGCAGCCUGGAAAAAUCACCCAAAAGCUUUUAAUUAAAGAUGAUAGCACUUGUCUGCCUCUCCCUUCUCUCCCUCCUACUCCCUGCACAACUCCAAGCCUACAACCCCACUGCUUCCUCACACCAAUUUGAGAAGCGGUUAAUCGGUGGCUGUACCACAGUUACGCCUGGUCAGGUGAAGAACUGCCUCCAACAAAACGACCCCGCCACAUACCAGCUCUGCAAGUGCUGCAAGGAUGAGACUGCAACGAUCCAGUGCAUCACUACAAAGACCGCCUGCCAGUCUUCGAACCAGAACAGUUGUGUUAGUAACACUAACAGCGGCAAUGGCGCCCUCAAUUAAAGAUGCGGCCUAUGUUCGACUACGCGCGCUUCUGUCUAACUGACAAAUUUGUAUGCCCGUAAGGUGGAUGUCGCUGCCAGAUCAGGAACCUUCACUUACACUUCUGAUUCGUGAGAAAAAAGUGUACCUGCUUUCAUCACGGACAAGAAAGCGAAAGUUUACCUGUUUUCAUUAUGGUCACAUUUGUGACAACCUCCAAGGACGCAUCAUUUCAUGUUUUUUUCCGUGCACUGCUUCCUUUGCUCUUAUUUCAUGAUCCCAAAUUGAAAUAAAUGUCGAUACACAAGUAUGUGAAGUGAUCAUCAUUUGUUCCUUCUAAGUUCUGUCCUGUUCCAUCAGCACCGUUGGAGGGACUUGAUUAAGUUGGUCGUGGUGUGUUCCGAAGCUUACAAUAAAAUCCUGAGUCGAG